ACAGCUGAUGGUUUUGGAAGAAUUUUAGAAACUAUGAUCUAUUAUAAUGCGCUAAUUUUGAUUAUUUUCAUGAUAAUUUCAAAUUAAUUUGAAAGCAAAAUGUCUGAAAGAAAAGUUUUAAAUAAAUAUUAUCCACCUGAUUUUGACCCAUCGAAAAUCCCACGUUUACGUCUGCCUAAAAAUCGCCAAUACACCGUACGAAUUAUGGCACCAUGUAAUAUGCGAUGUAACACCUGUGGAGAUUAUAUUGCACGUGGAAAAAAAUUUAAUGCUCGCAAAGAAACGGUUGAUAAUGAAGAAUAUCUUGGCCUAAAAGUAUUUCGUUUCUAUUUUAAAUGUCCACGAUGUAUGCAGGAAAUAACAUUUAAAACGGACCCUAAAAGCUAUGACUAUACUGUCGAACAUGGUGCCACACCUAAUUUUAAAGCUUUAAAAUUGGCCGAACAACAAGCGAUCGAAGAGCAGAAAGAAAAAGAAGAAGAAGAACGAUUAAAUCCAAUGAAAAUGUUGGAGAAUCGAACGAAAGCAUCACGUCGAGAAAUGGAAAAUCUUGAAGCCCUUGAAGACAUAAAAGAAAUGAAUCAACGUGAAGUGGCCAUCAAUUAUGAUGAAUUAUUGCGGAAAAAGAAAGAAGAUUUAGAACAGGAAUUAAAACGACAAGAAGCCGAAGAUGAAAUGUUCAUCAAAUUAAUCUUUCACCAUAAAGAAACUGACUGUACUGAUGAGCAUGGCGAAAGUGAAGAAGUCAUUGAAGAGUUUGAUGAAACAGAACCGAAUUCAUCUUCUUGCAAUGAAAUAUCAUCGAUUCAAAAUGAACAACAAAGGCCAAUUUGUACGGAUAUUUUGGCAACAGCAACAACAAGCCAUGAAGACCAAAUCAAAUCAAUCAACAAUAAAAAUAAACGAAAGCUAAUACAAAAAAUGAUAGUUGUCAAAAAAAAAGUGAAAGUUGACGAUGAUGAUGAUGAUGAUGAUCAACUACAAUCAAAGAACAAUACAUCAAAUUCGACGAAAUCUAAUGUCAUCACAUCACUAUGUGAUUAUUCGGGUAGUGAUUCUGAUUAAAAAACGCUAUUUUUGGCCAUAUUUUUUUAUUAUUAGAUUGAAUAAAAUUUUAUAAUGAUAA